AUGUCAGAAAUAAAAAGUAGUAAAGAAGUCAGCGAAAUAAAAGAAAAAAUAAAAAGUUUGAACCUUGGACAAGUGAGUGAAUUAAUAGAAGGGUUAAAACUAGAUUAUAAUAUCCAAGAAACGGCUGUAGUCCAGACAACUACAGCAACUCAAGAAAGUGAAAAUUCUGAAGAAAAGGGUGGUGAUGUUUCAUUAAAGAUAGUGAAAAUAGAAGAAGGUGCUAAUAAGAUCGGAAUUUACAGAGAAAUUAUGGACAUCUUCAAGGAACAAAAAGGCGAAACAAUUAACUUGGUCCAAGCCAAAAAUCUGGUGGAAAAAGAAGAUAAAAUUAUUUUAGAAAAUAUUGCUCGAGUUAAAGCGGAAGAGGUUAAAAAAAAGUUAAAAGAGAAAGGAGUUGAAGUUGAAAUUAAAUAA